UUGGUCAUUCCAGUUGAACUACAUGUUACACUUUCUGCACUUAAACCGAAGAUAGAUGUAGGAUAAGAUGUUUCCAUACAAUCGUAGCGAACGGUGUUUCAUACAAAGAUAAUUGUUUCGUAUAAAGAUAAAAGAAAGUUUCGUAAUCUAUAAUCGUAAUAAAUAAAAAUAGUCGAGAUCCGAAAAUACAUCUGCACGUUUACACGUUUACAUUGUUAUGAAAGUGUACGAUUCGCUAUAAAAAUCUCCGGCUAUUUUGUUGAAAAUAUUUAGGUCGAGUAAAACGAUAGGCGUUGAGGAUGUCCGAAACGGUGAAGUUUACAAAAUUGAAAACAACGACGAAUCCAACAUUUUGGGCAAAGUUUGCGGAACUGAAAAUAGAUAAGCUGAAACUUGAUGAGAAAUCCAAGAUACAUCUAUGGGGAAGUUUCUCUCUGCAACCGAUGAAUGAAGGAAGGAUCAAUCCAUUAGUACUCGAUUGCACGUCAUUUAAUGAAGAUGCAGAGACAACUUCUCAUAACGCAGGAGUCGCAUGUUCCGGAUAUAUGAUCAACACAAAUACGUACGAAGCAUUCAGGCAGAUAAAUCCUGAGACAUUUAUCGAUACCAUGGGCAAAUGCGUUAUUGACAGUAUCAUAGAUGGUACAGCUUUAAAAGAGUCUUGGCGUCUCUCAGUAUUCCUAGUGUUUGCGUAUUCCGACCUCAAGAAGUAUCGAUUUCACUAUUGGGCGGCCCAUCCAACCUCUUUCUGCUUGCCGGAGAUCCGUGUGGCUCAAUCACCGAGAUAUGCAUCUGGCGAAUUUACGACUAGCCAAGUGGACAAAUUGCGUGCGAGCUUUCUUCAGCUGGAUGCCAGAUCGAGGAACUUCUUCGCGGUUUUCGUAUCCGGAAAAGACGACUUAAAUGUUGGUAAUUUGUUGAGGGGUGUGGAGCAUGCAAAAUUGAGUGUUGAUGACAAAGGAGAUUCGGAACAGACAAAGGCCGAGGUAUACUUUGCAUUCUAUGAUCCUUGCACAAGUGCAGAACCUGGAUGGCCCCUGCGCAAUCUGUUGUGCCUCUUGUUGUGGCACUGCCCCGCGUAUUGCUUCACGCACGACAUCAAAGUCCUGUCUGUAAGGAGUGAUAAAGUACAAAAUGCAGUUGUAUUCACACUUAAAUUAAAGGGAGACGCCGACGUGAUAGCCGUGAGGAGAAACAUUUCUGAGGGUCACUUGGUAGGUUGGGAGGCCAACGCCAAUGGCAAGAUGGGUCCUAACAUUGCUGAUUUGUCCAAUACCAUGGAUCCUGCUAAGCUGUCAGAUAGAGCGAUCAACUUAAAUCUAAAACUGAUGAAGUGGCGCCUCGUGCCUGACCUAGAUCUGGAAAAGAUCAGUGGCCUGCGCUGUCUGCUGCUGGGUGCCGGUACGUUAGGCUGCUCCGUGGCGAGGGCGCUCCUUGGCUGGGGAGUUAGCAGCAUGACACUCGUAGACAACUCUACUGUCUCCCACAGUAAUACGGUGCGCCAGAGCCUGUACACGCACGAAGACGCGGUGCAACGUCGGCACAAAGUCCACGCCGCGAAAGAUGCUUUGCUUAGAAUACGACCAAACAUGAAUGUGGAAGGCGUAGUGUUGCAUAUUCCCAUGCCUGGCCACGUGGUCGGUCAAAGCAUGAUGCAAGCGACGAAGGAAGCUGUGAGCAAAUUAGAGGAACUCGUCGACAAUCACGAUAUAGCGUUCUUGCUUCUGGACUCGAGGGAAGCUCGAUGGCUGCCUACUCUUUUGUGCGCUGCGAUGAACAAGAUAGCCGUUAACGCCGCUCUGGGCUUUGACUCGUACACGGUACAGCGACAUGGCACGCGCGACCUUUCGGAUCCCUCCUCCCCGAAUUUAACGGAACAGAAUCCCCUGGGGCAGGAUCUUGGCUGUUACUUUUGUAACGACGUGACGCAACCCGGAAACUCGCAGGUGGACAGAACGCUCGAUCAACAGUGUACCGUCAGUCGGCCGGGUCUGUCGCAAAUCGCCGCGGGUUUGGCGGUCGAAUUACUCGUGGCGAUAACGCAACAUCCACGAGGAAUUUCGGCCAGAGCGCUCAUGAGCAACGACUGUGGCGAUUACUCGGGCAACAGCGAUAGCCCGGUAGGGUUACUGGGCGGUGUACCUCACACGAUACGGGGCUCGCUUUGGAGCCAUGAGAUGAAACUGACCGUCACGCAUAGAUUCCCAUUCUGCACGGCUUGUUCAUUGUCCCUGAUCAGAGAGUAUCAGCGACGGGGCUUCGAUUUUAUACUCGACGCUUGUAAUGUGCCAAGUUAUCUCGAAAAAUUAUCGGGACUCGAGGAAGUACUGAACAGACCGGACCUCGAAGAACUGUGUUACGAAAUGGAUACUUCCAGCGAGGACGAGGACGCGCUAAAAGCAGCAACAUGAAAAAUGAAGACAUAAUUGUAAAUUUUAUACCAAGUACGUGAAUUUUAAUGUUAACUAUUUGAAUCGUUUGCACAUAAAAAUCGUAUAUGAUAUUUUUUAUAGGAUAAAAGAAAGAUUUAAAAGAAUGAUUUUAUCAAAGCAUACGUCCUGUAGAAUCAAAAGCUUUAAGUGUAAAAAUAUAUUAACGUGCAAGAGAGACAUUUUGAAUAAAGAUAAUCAUUGCAUUUCUGCUUCUCCAGUCACGCAGUUUACUUGAAAUUGACACGGUACGCCUGUGAUGCAUGGUUUUAUUAUUAAUAUUAGUUUAUAUUACAUGUAUUGAAUGUUGUAAUUUUUAUACUGUAUCAUAAAUACAUUUUCAUGUCUAUACAAGUCCAUACGUGCAUGUACAUCGUACUACUUUCAAGUAGUUAAUAAAUUUUUUUAUCUAUAAUAAUUAAGGAUUUGUAUACACGAUCUAAUUUAAAUGUGAUAAUGAUAAUAUAAGAUGUGCAAUUGUAGAAUACAAUGCGCGAUUCUCGCUCUGAAUAAUGUUGGCACUGCUGUAAUAUUUUUAAUCGAUAUUGUUUAAUUUAUUUGUAUGUACUUAAGGCACAUUCAUAGAUUUUUCAUGUAUUUAUAUAGUGGUUACUAGAAAAGAGUACCUGCGAGCUCCUCAUUUUAAAAGUAACGUACCUGUGUCAAUAUUAAAAGUAUACGGCUAAAUAAAUGUAUUGCACA